UAUAUAUUUCGAAAUGAAUGUCAUGCUAUUGAGAUCAUAUUUCAAUACAGUAUAUCAGAUCGAUAAUGAGUACAAAUACCAAUUAAAUAUCGUGGGAAGUUUUAUCAUAUAAGUAUAAUGGUUCAUGUUGUCUAUUCAUAUUCUACAAGUGUAAAACAACGUAAUCGUAUCUGCAGGUAAAUAAGCAAAUAGACGAACCGAUGAUUGGUUUACACUACCUGAGGAUUAACGUGAAUAAAGCCUACGGAAGAGAAAGGUUUGCAACAUUUAUAUUUGGAUUAAUAAUCUUACACGACUCUUGUGAUCCACACGUGACGAUCGCCUGGAUAGCAAGUUAUACAUAUUCACAAGAUGAUUUUGAACGCGAAGAAUUUCAGAAAACUACCUACGAUGCCUCGAGUACGGAACAUGUUUCUCAGAAACAUUUACCGAGAAUACCUGAUGAUAUGUUUGAUAGCCACCGGAGUUUUGUCGAUUUUGCAUUACAUAACGUAACAAAAUUGCCAUCGCGUUCAAUAGAUCUUGUCAGCUUUAUUCAACAAGCAAAUGAAACAAGAAGCAAAAACCAAUCCACAGUCUUCGCAGAUACAGUCUUAUGCAUGUCUGCAUGUCUUCAACGGACAUACAAGUCUUUAAUUGAUUCAAGAGCUAACAGCUACAAAAAGCUAUUGCAAGUUAUACACGGAUAUGUAUCACCCAUAUGUAUUGUAUCCGUCCCUUUUAAAAGCCUUUCUUGUGAGGAUUGUGCUAUUUAUGUGCUCAUGACAAACGUCAUGACUACAGAACGGAACCCAGUAGAAAUCUACGUUUCCAUAUGACGAUUCUUUUUUCAAAUGUAACCCAUGUUAUAACGACAUUAUCGUGCGUUACAAGUGAGUGGAGAACUAUGUUCAUGCAAAAACUGCAUGAAUAUACAGUGCGAAACGCCAGUCGAGCACUUACAUCAACACUUUGUCAUAGAGAUAAAGUAAAAGUGUUUAACCGAACAAAAACAUCACACAGACAUUUAAAGACAAACAAUGCAAUAUGUUCACAUACUUUUUAUAAUUCCUUGACUCGAAUGUUGCAGUGUGCUUGUUGCGCUUACGAUCGUCACGCCGUGCCAGACCUAACAGCUGAUGAUAUUGAUAUUUAUCAUAUACCUUUUAGCAUACUUGUGUAUGUAAUAUAUCUACGUUGUAUGGGUUUAUGUGUACAGAUUUUAGCUUUGUUACAAUUAAUUAUCCACCGAGUGUCACAACCUAAGCAAACAAAGAAUGCAAUUACUGUUUGCAUAGGCGAUGCGGACAUCCCAAUUAAGAUUGAGUCUUCUAGUCCGACUAAAAUUCAACAAUUGUAUGCAUGGAACAAACAAGGCUCCUUAAUCAAAGCAACUUCAUUUAAAACAUUCUCCUUAAAAGAUGACAAUAAAGAUUCCUGCAAAGAAGAUGUUGAUUUUUGCUUUGAAGGAAGUUAUGGACAUACUGAACACGAUUUUCUCGCAACUAGGUUACGUAGAAAUACCUGGCUACUAAGCAAUGAAAUCAUGUAUGGAUUGCCAACCCCAAUCUGGGUAUUUCCAGUGAUAAGCCCAGUGAUAACGAUCAUCAACCGACUUGCUGAGGAAAGAAGCGUGCAUCCCAAGGAGAGUAUGCGUCAUGAACUUUUGCUCCUGUGUACAUUUAGAACUUACCCAACGCACGGGAAACCAUCGUGUUUAAGGCUUGCCAAGGCCGGUUUCUAUUACGUUAGUCAAGGCGAUGAGGUCAUCUGCUAUUGCUGCGCCAAACGCAUAAGUAACUGGAACGAAAGGGACGACCCUUUGCACGCUCACAGACUUGUGUCCCCGAGCUGCCCUUUCUUGUUACGCAACUCUGAAGUAAACGAACCAGUCACAGACGACAGCAGCGAGUGUUCAAACCCUCGUCUCAAUCGGAUUUUGCAAUCACUGGAUGAUUCAGAUGAGCCAACCGACAGACGGGAAACAGAGAAUGUUUCUGCAGCAAGACCGGACGUUUCAUCUUUAUCUGCUACAACAAGUUCUCGCACUACAGAGCCUGCUACUAAUAUACAGAAUGGUGUAAGAGGAUACUCGGGCGAAUGUACAUCAGGUCCUUUCACACAUGCGUUGACUGCCACUACUAAUCGGACUGUUGGUGAAUCUCAAUUAACAAGUGCACCUGUCCUUCCAGCCAGAAGUUCCAUCCCUGCGGGAAGUUUUGCAUGUAGCAGUAUGGCAGAGGCACCUAUCGCUACGCCGAACGCUAGACGUGGAAUGGCGAUGACUAUGAAAGCAGAAGAGCGACAACUACAGGGAGCGUCAAACAAUCGUUCGUUUGAAACACGCGAGAAACUCCUCAAUGAAAACCGAGCACUUAAAGCGCAGUCGAAAUGUCUUCGCUGCCGUAGGAACGACGUAUGUGUCGCAUUCCUGCCGUUGCGGACACCUGGUUUCCUGUGAGGCGUGCAGCACCGACCCCAGUGCCCGGAAGUGCUUCUCGUGCGACGCAGUGGUGAAAGCCAGGAUCAAGGCGUUCAUUGCUUGAUUUGUUCACAUAUUUUAAUAUCAAGACAAGAGGUAGACAAAUCUCACGCGAUACCAUUCACCAUUUAAGAUAAAGUAUUAAACAGUAUAUUUUGAUAUCUAUGUUAGUAAAAAAUUCAAUUUCCGAACGUCUGAUAAACCUCAAACGCUUACUUAUUAAUCUCUGUCUUAAACGUAAUCCAAAACAAUGUCAUUAGCUAUUUUAAUUCACAUGAUCUAUUUCGCUUUCCAAAUAUAUAAUAAGUUUUGACAUGUGUAAUAUACAUGCGUAAACCCGUUGGUCCAAAUAUUCCGAACAAGAUACCCUAAUCUUAAAUCAGAACUGAACUUAAUACACAAAGUGUGCUUGCUUUAAUACUUUUGUUUGUUUUUUACAGCUUAAACAUUCAGGCACUAAUAUCUGUCAGAUAGCACAUUGUACAAGUACAUUUCAAUUAACUCUGCGGGAAAAUACAUAACAGUUUGGUAUUUCAAAAAUAAAACGUAUUCUUAUUUUUCAGAAUCUAUGAUUGAAUAAAUAGUAUAGAGAUAAAAGUAUGUACAGUUGAACUUUCUUUCGAAAUAAUGUGUAUAAGUAGUUGAUAAAUAACGUAUCUUAAAACGAUGUGCUUUUAAAAUCUAUGUUACAAAGACCAAAUGUUUUACUGCAAAUUUAAAGCAAAUGGCAUACAUUUGUUGGUACAGCGAAGCAAACCUUACACGAAUUACCAUUUGACAGUAUGGAUAUAUAUCGCGGUACAUAUAAAAACUGUUGCGAUGUAUCGGUAUGCGAAUCAGUGAAAUUGUUACUCUCGAAAUAGUCUUCAUUUAAGUCGAGUGUUGUAUAAAGCACAGUUGCGUGUUAUUAUAAAUAAAUGACUAGUAUUAACUACUCCUCAAUCUAUGUGUGUACGCUAAAAUUGUGUACGGUCACGGCUCGUAACUUAUGACACGUAUAAAGUAUUUCAAAAUUCUCUAUCUCGGUUGUAAUGAUAUUUAAUUAGGUAUACAUGUAGGACUUAAAAACCAGUACAGCGCGUGAUAUUAUUUGAUAAGAAAUAAACACAUAUAAUCGGUGCGUAUGAUUCUACUACUUCAUUCAUAAUUACUGAUUGGGACACGUAACCAAAGAUCUAAGUAUUGAUUUUAAAUGUUCGUAUGUCAUUGUUAGCUUCAAUAAAUUCAUUGCUUCUAAUACAUAAAUACUGUCGCUUGGGAUGAAAACUGGUUCAAACAAAUGUCAGUAGGUUGUGAUAUAUUCAGUUGAUUUAUAUAUUAUGAAAAUACUGUGUAUCUUUAAAGGCAUCAUCAAUGUCAUACUAGCGUGUUCAAUGCAAGGUCAUCAGGGCCUUGCAGCAAAGCAGGUCUUCUUUUCUAAUUGGAAUCAACUGUUGACGAAAAUACAAAUCUAGAAAAAACGUUCGAUUUGUUGUUAUCACAAAUGUUUUAUAUUACAGCCUAAUUAUUUUACUUAUGGACUUCUUGUUUUGAUUGCUGUAUCGAAUUUUUUUUUGCUGAUUCUUUAUAAAAUCGUGUCUUAAAAUCGUUUGGUAACUCAUUCGUAUGCGAAUAUUGUUCUAAUGUUUUGCAAUACAUGAGUCCUUCAUUUUUGAAGGUUUACUAAAAUGGUUGUAUGUUACAUCAAUUGCUUUAUACGUUUAAAUAUUGUUUAUGCACUUUACUAUUUUCUUGUA